GCGGAAACGACGGUCCCUUUCUGGGUGGCGUCUGCCUUUCUUCUUCUUCUUCUCUGUCAACGAAGUGGAAAAAGACGCACUUUGACGCGCCAGGCUCCUUCUUCUCCGACGCGCGUCUCUCUCCCAGCCGAAAAGAGAUCCCGUCUCCGCGUCUCCGGCUGUUUUCUCUCCUUUCUUCUCUUCUUCUCGCUCCGUGUCUCGCCUUCUUACGCUUUUCCUUCUACUUCUCCUCGGCACACUCUCAGAAACCUGCUGCUAGCCGUUCCGCGCUGCCCUCUCCCAGUGAACGCGGGAGGUCGUCCACUUCUGCCGAGAAGAGAGAGGAUCUCCCCUGCGUUCUUGGCGAACGCAGUUCUGGAAGUUUCGGCGAAACCUUCUCUGUGUGUGGAGGCUCCGUGGAGAGCAGAACAGAAGGACGAGACAGGCACAGAAGGAGAAAGGAGAACAGAGAGAUCGAAGAGAGGCCCAGGGGAAAAGACGGAGCACGACAGACUUUUCAAAGUAGAACGCAAGAUCAGGGAGAAACCGCGAGAGCAAAGAACCAUGCCUUGGAUUUCCUCUCGAUUCUGUUCGUCGUUCGGGCUGGUCCUCGUUCACUUUCGUAUCUUCACUUCCGGUCUCUUAUUCUCUUCUUCCUCUCUCUCCCAACUCUUCCCUUUGUUUUAAUGCUUUGCUCUUCCUGUCGGCUGAUCUGAGCUCAAGUCGCUCGGCGCUGUCUGCCCCUGUCUCCCUCUGUCGUGACUGUCUCCUUUCUUCUUCCUCCUCUUCCUCGCUGUCUCCUGACUCUCUGCUUUUCUCUUCCCUCUCGUCCUCCCCGCGCCUUAGCUGUCUCUUUUUCCUCUUUCUUCCUCUGCCUCGCUCAUCUCCUUCGAUGGCAGCGCAAGAAGCUCCGCCGCUCUGGGCCCCAGCAGACUCGAACUGGGUCGCUGCAGACCGAGUCGCCGACGCUGGCGGGGAAGCAGAGACGCCGUUCGAUGUGGACACCGAGGAAGAGCAGGCGGCAGAGAGCGACGACGCGAAGGUUGAAGGUCGAGCGGCGCAGCAGGGGGACAGUGAAAAAGAGCAGCGGCGGGGAGACCACGAGGCGCAGUCCGAGGAUGUGUGGUACAUGCAUCGAACGCUCCCUCACUGGCUUUACAACCCAAGAGAAGGCGUCUACUUCAAUCGAACGACAGGAGACAUCGUUCUGCCCUCGACGGGUGAAGCAACAGAGGCAAAUGCUCCUGUUGGAGGCGUCGCUCAGACACACGAAAGCAGAGAAGAAAGCGCAGAAGGAGAAGAAGGAGAAGAAGAAGUAGAAGAAGGAGUAGAAGGAGUAGAAGGAGAAGAAGGAGAGGCGGAAGACGACUUGCAGGAAGAAGAGGAAGACGAAGACAUCGAUCUCGACCUUGAAACAGAUGUUGUCGCAGGGACUGCAGAACGAAAGGGCAGUGCUGAGGGGAAGGUGGAGAUCGAGGACAGGCAUGUCACAAAAGUUUCCCUGCCUGUCCAAGUGGUUACUGGCGAUGAGAAUACGCUCUGCUACUACACAGCGAUCUUUGACGGACAUGAUGGGUCAAGCUGUGCGCAAUACGCGACAGUUAACCUGCACAAGAACCUCAUCAGCCUGUACAGACAGAUUUACAGCACUGUGCAAAGGAGAAGACAACAGCUUGAGGACCGAGAGAUGGAACGCGACAGAGGGGAUAAGAAGCGAAAGAAGAAACCGAGUAACUUCUCGCUUCUGGUCCAGCAGCUGAACGACGGGCUACCUUCCAAACGCCGAGAGGAAAAGUUCCUGUCUGUCGGUCUGGAGGCUCUCGUGAAGGCGACAGCCAAGAGUUUCUUCAUGACGGAUCACAAUUUCCUCGACAGUGCGCGAAAAUCAGGCGUCGAACAAGAUGCGGGGAGCACAGCUUGCGUCGUGCUCCUGUUCGGACCGGAUGACGACGGACAGUUGAAGCUUCUCACUGCGCAUGCAGGCGAUACGCGAGCGGUCCUUUGUCGAGACGACCGAGCUCUCCGCCUGACUGAAGACCACCGCCCGAACCACAAACUCGAGCAGCGACGCGUGCAGCAGAACGGAGGCGAGGUGAUGAACAUCGAAGGCGUUUGGCGUGUCAUCUUUGUGGACCGGAAAACAAAUCGCCUUUUCGGCCUCGCCACCUCGCGAGCGCUCGGGGACCGUCGCAUGAAGGUUCCGAAGAAACUUGUCACUUGUCAACCGACUCUCCACGUCUACGCAAUCAACUUUGAAACUGACCUCUUCCUCGUCCUCGCCUCGGACGGAAUUUGGGAUGUCCUUUCCGACGAGGAAGUCGUAGCAAUCGUUUCCGAGCAUCUGGACAAACCACCGCAAGAAGCCGCUCGCUUUGUCAUCGACGAGGCGGUGAAGCGAGGAAGCGAAGACGACAAAACCUGCACUGUGCUUUUUUUCAAGUGGCGCAGAGAUCGUUUCCCCAGUGCGGCAGACGCGGCCGCAGCGACUGGAGGUACAGCCAGCGAAGCAGGAGAAAAGGUGCAAGAAGACGAGGAACCGGGAGACAUGCGUAGAGACCGUGGAGGAGAAGCCGCGACGAGCGGCAACGCUUCGGAAGAGAAGGCCGAGACCGACGCAGGGACACAGACGAGACUCAGGCAGCGCGGCGACGAAGCGCGCGAAGACGAAGCACCGAGUGGAGCGGGGGGGGAGAAGCGGCGAAAGAGACUCCGAACUCAGGGCGGCAUUUCGGAAGCGGGAGACCCAGCCAGCGAUGAAGAAGAGCAAGGAGGCUCCCGGCAGCCAGAGGACGCGUCGCAUGCACAGCGAGAAGGCGGCGAUCAAACGGAGAAGGCAGGUGACUCUUUCAAGGCUGGUCGAGGAUUAGAAGACAUCGGUCUUCUCUCCAGCAGCGAUGUGUACGCGAGGAUUCGAAGAGCGAGAGAGGAACGCGAAAAGCAAGAGGAAGUCGAAAACGCCACCGGCGAAGAGGUCGAAGACGACCUUGACAUUUUUUCGGCGUAAAGAAAAAAGAGCGGCAGGGCGUUGCAGGAGCCGUGUCUGACGGUCCAGAGCAUGCACUUCGUCGCCCUGGGAGAGAGAGGAAAAGGUCGGGGUCGACUUUGUUCUGUUCUCUCGUUCUGCCUCACGGGUGAAACUAGCGCCUGUGGCGUCUUCGCUUGAAGAUGCUCGCUUCUUUUCAGUUCCUGCACACUCACCGUCUCGUCUACGGAACAGCUGCGUCGCCCCCAUCUGUGAAUCUGCCAGAUUUUCUCUCUUCAGACUCUCUGCGCCCGUGGCGUCCCCUUGCCUGGUUUCUUCUUGCUUGUGUCUCUCUGUGCGCCUGCCUGCCUGCCGCGCGUCAGAGCUGCCUUCCUAGAAAACUGGCAGUCGAAAACGAACCUCUGACGCGACCGAGCAUGUCGGUGCCCAGUGCCGAACAUGCACACAUGUACACACACACAUACAUAUGCAUACAUAUUUAUACAUGCACAUAUGCAUCCAUAUAUAUAUAUAUACAUAUAUAUAUAUAUAUAUGCAUAUAUAUGUAUAUGUAUAUGUAUAUGCGUGUGCAUGUGAGCAUGGUUGUUUUGGAGGGCGGGGAAGUGGAAGGAGCAACGAAGGAACGGGGGAAUCCGAAACGAAGAGCGACGUCCGGCUGAUGAGGAGUGGGGAGAGUCGUUCGCGACGAGAAUCGCGAUACCGGCGAAACGAACAGGGGGGAAGGACGAAAACGCACCCAACGGAGACAGCGGAGACAGGGAAACCGUACACAGAGGUGAAAUUCUUGGCAAGAAGAGAGCGAAGGUGUAAACCGUAAACAGCAUGGAAAGUGGAGAGUAGUGACGGCAUGUUGUUGAACCGGUGAGCUUCAUCCAAUCCUAUUCUUUUUAACUUUUCCUGUCUGAUGGUUCCCAUCCCCUGUUUUGGUCGCAUGCGUUUCUGCUGUUUUGCGACCUGGCUCUCGCAACGGUUCUGCUAUGCGCUGUUUCUUCUCCACGCUUCUGGCGACCUUGUUCGCUUCUCUUUCACCUCUCUAUUUUGCUUUUCACCACCCGCUGUUCCGUCACAUCCUCAGCGAUCUGGAGUGCCUCGCUUUGCUCUGCGAGUUCCCUGCCGUCGUAUUUCGUCCAGUCUGACGCGUCCCUCUCUUCUUUUCUUCUCUCUCUUUUCCGCUUCUGCCUUCCGCUUGGUCGACCGUCUUCAGUCUUCUCUGUCGUUUUCUGAUUCUCGAGAAGACCUUCAGUGUCAGCCUGAGGCUCAUGGCGGGGACGCCUCAGGCUUGGAGAGUUUACGGGUCUCCAAAAAACAGUGGAGAAGCAAACGUAAAGAACGCUGAAGUUUUGGAAGUUUCAUUACCGC